CUCGAGAAGCAUAAAAUGGUUGCUAAGGCCGUGCGUCGCCUUCAUGAGGCUGUGGAGGGCAGAGGGAGCUGGGACCAUUCCAAAGCUGAAGAGCUGCAUCGCGAAAUAGGAGAGGUGGCUAAAGAAGUGGCCCGACUUGAGGCUGAAGCUGUUGGGUUAGAUGGGCAGCUGAGCAAAGCACAUCUGCACCUGUGUGGAGCAGAGUGGAGGGGAUCUAAAGAUGCCAGCCAUCCUCAGGGAAGAACAUCUUGCAGAGGACAGGCGGUUGCCCUGACAAUGGCUCUGGAGGAGGUGCAGAGGGGUGUGGGGUGGAGACAAAGUGAAGCGGAUGCUUUAGGGGCUUUGUGGAGCUCCUUCAGAGAGAGAAGAGAAGAAGUGAUGAAGAAUUUGGAGAAACUAGUGGACGAUGCAAGACAGGAGGGCAUCAGAGAGAGCUCUGUACAGGCCUUUCACAACAGGAUGCGUUUCUUUGUCCAGCUGGAGGAUGAGCUCCAGUCCCUGCAGCACUCCCAACGGUGGUUAGAAGAGAAGGGAAACCAGCUGGCCCAGAGAGACAGUGAGCUGGCAGGAGAAGCGCUCAGGGAGGUAGCUCUGGUGAAGAUAGCCUGGGAUAACGUCAGGACUCUAAUCAUCAACAGUCAGGAACACAGUGGAGUUGUGUUAGAUCUUCUUCGCCAGUUCCACCACCUGAAGUCGAUCCUCACCACACUCAUGGAGAGCGCUCAGGCCGUCGCUCACAAUCUGCCUGACCACAACCACAGUGCUCAGGAAGCCAAAAGGACUUUCACGCAACAUAAAGCCAUAAAAGAUGAGCUGAGAGAAAAGCAGGAAGACAUGGACCAGCUCAUCAGGACGGUCGAGGACCUGCAGAGGGAGCUGGAGAAGGUUCCCAACUGUGAAAUGUCCUCCAUCCAGAGAGACACAGAGACACUUAGAGAGCAGUGGCUGGCGAUCGCAGAGAAAAUACAAACCAAUACAGAAAGGUUAGGCUACUGUGUGAAACUCUGGGAUGACCUCAAGGCCGCGGAGCAGGACAUCAACCAGUGGACCAGUGAAUCCAUCGCUGAUCUAACCGACGCUGUCGCCAGUCUCAGUGACAAGGAGAAGACAGAGGCCCAGCUUGCGACCUUUCAGGAGGAGGUUGAAAAGAGGGAGCACAUGCUGGAUGUUUUGGAGGAGAGAGUGGCAGAUUUGAAGGCUCGAGCCAGACUGCAGGAAAUCCCAUUACAAAUGCAGGUCCUGCAGUCAGAUCUGAGGAAGAAAAUGGCCCAUGCUGAGGAGGUGUACAAUCAGGCCAAGCACACUCUGACCUACUUCAGUUUCCAGAAAGAGCGACUGGAGGACCUCAUGUCCCAGAUGGCCGAGCGGCUGGAGGCAGUCGAGGGUUCCUUAUCGGACCUCACCGAAACUACUUCCCCUGAAGACAUUGGCACUGUUAAGGACCUGCAGAGUGUCGUGCAGCAGCAGAGGGCAGACAUGGACUCGGCUAGAGAUGCCCUGACUGCUCUGUGCAGAUCACAUCCCUCUGAGGAGCUGUCACGCCUCUCGUCUGAUCUCACCUCCAUUGCCAAACGAACCGAGACCGUUUCCCAACGCUGUGCCAAGACCAGAGGAAACCUGCAGGACGGUCUGCAGCUCCAUUUCAACGAGCUUGUCCAAGACUUCAAAUCUUGGCUAGCGAUUCUGAAGUUGGAGCUGAAAGAAUGCUCUAACCAGUCAGGAGAUGCUGUCCUCCUAGGAGCCAAGUUACAAAGGUUAAAGGUAUCACUUCAGCGGAUUUCAGAGGGUGAGGAGCGCCUCUCUGAGGUUUGUAAAGAGGCUGGAAAACUCCAGCUCCACCUACCUAAAGCUGGAGCAGCACAGGUUCAAGAGAACCUCUCUGCCUGCCAGCGAGAGUGGAGGAGCUUUCUGGACGGUUAUUAUCAGAGCAAGCUGGACUUGGAGGAGAGCGUUGGCCUUCUGAAAAAUUUUGACGACUGCGUGCAGGGUAUAAGAGACUGGCUGAAGCAGAUGGAGCUCAGCCUUAAGGCUGAGCCAGUUCUUGGGGGAGAAAGCCAGCAAGGACCCCCAGACACCACAGAAGAGCUGGAGAGGAUGGAGCAACUCCAUAAGGAACUGACAGAAAGAAGGGAGUCUAUUGAGCGACUCUGCCAGGAAGCCCAGGCUCUAUCUGAGGCAGGCCGGGGGUCAGGAGGAGAGGUCAGAGUAUCAGGCCAGCUACAGAUGGAGCACCAGGCACUACUGAAGGCAGCCAGGGAGAGGCUCAGAGGCUGCCAGGAGAGCCAGGCUUUUGGAGACACUCUCCAGGGGGUUUGGGCUUGGCUGGAGGAGAUCCAGGAGCGACUGGGUACAGUCGACAGCACGAUGGGGACGAAAGAGCAGUUAGAGCAAAGGCUGGAGACGGUGCAGGAUAUCCUGCUUUUGAAGGGAGAGGGUGAGGUCAAGUUAAAUAUGGCAAUGGGUAAAGGUGAGCUCGCCCUGCGCAGCUAUGGCGCCGCCGGACAGGAAGUGGUUCGCUCUCAGCUGCAGGAACUGGAGGACGCAUGGGCUACACUGCUUGUGACAGCCAUGAGUUGCCACAGUCGAUUAGAGUGGACUGUGUCUCAGUGGGGAGGAUACCUUGAAAGUGCCGCCCAACUGCGCUGCUGGAUGGAGGUUGUGGAGCGGGAGGUGUGUGCCCCUCUCACCCCUCAGCCAGGACCUAGGGAAAAAGCCUCACAGCUGGAGAGACUCCGUGCUCUGCUGGCUGAUCUAGAAGACCACCAGAUGGCGCUGUCCACACUGGAGGAAAAAGCCAGAGAACUCUUCAAGAAGACUGGUGAUGCCAGCUUUAACCAUGGUGCUCGCACCCAGCUGCAGGUGCAGUUUGACAACCUCACAGCUUUGGUGGAGGAGAGAGUACGUCUGGCGCAGGCAGUGGUGUUGGAGCACCAGGACUACCUGGAGGCCGUUAGAGAGCUCACUGAUUGGCUAAUGACUGCAGGGGAGGAGCUACAGCACUGGUCUGACACAUCCGGAGACUCCACAUCCAUCAAAAAGAAACUGUCAGAAGUUAGGGAGCGCGUGGAGUGUCGACUUCUGGAGGGCCGCGACCGCCUCAGCCGGGUACGUCGCAGCGCAGCGUCCACAGCGGAGCACACGGCAGCGGGAGGCUGCGAGGCCAUGGAUCGACAGCUGGGGGCGCUGUCCCACGCUCUCGAGCAAUGGGAAGGGGCCGCUCUGAGGGCCCGGGAUAGCUUGGAGGGGGCCCUGUGCGCUGCCGCGGCUUCCGAAGAGGAAUAUAACCGUCUGACCGCCCAGUUGGAGGAAGAGUUAAAAGUGUUUGAUGGACGUCUGAGGGGGUGGAGCCAGGAGCUGGUCAAAGCUGAAGGGCAGAGUAACGGCGAGGAGGCCGUGGAGGGAUGGCAGCUGGCUAAGGAUAUACUGGAGGGCUUGCAGAGCGCCGAGCCGAUGGCGGAGAAGUUGAAAGGCCAACUGAAUGACCUGGUGCGAUACUCCAGAGACCUCGGCUCACAGUCAGACCGGGUCACGGCGCUAAUCAAACAGCACAACAGCCUGAGUCUUCGUGCAUCCAGGGAAUGUCAAAAUAAGGAGCGCUUGUUGGAGCAAAGGUUUCGUGCAGCCCUUAGAGACUUCCAGCAGUGGCUGGUCAAUGCCAAAAUCAGCACUGCCAAAUGCUUUGAUGUGCCGCAGACUGUCACAGAGGCGUCCUCUGCUUUGCAGAGGAUUCAGGAGUUCUUGAGUGACAGGGAGAAUGGCCAGGCCAGGCUUAGUACAGUAGGAGCCAGUGGGGAGCUGCUGAUGGCUGUAGUGUCCAAAGACAGGGUGGAGGGAAUCAAGGCCAAGGUGGCAAAUGCGAGAGAAGACUGGAAGAGCCUGAUGAAUAACCUGCAAAUGAGAGAAGAUGCUCUCAAGAACCUGCAGGCCCAGAUGACAGAGUUUGAGGCCAGUGCUGAGCCUCUGCAGGAAUGGCUGAACAGCACAGAGGUCAGAGUUCAGGAGAGCAGUGCUCGCCUACAUGACCUUCCAGCCAAGAAGCAGGAGCUCAGCAAACUACAGUGUGUGCUGGAGGAGAUGGCGUGUCAGGAGGUAGAGCUGGGCAGGCUGAGGGAAAGAGCUCAUCGACUCUGGGAGGGACAAGCAGCCGGAAAGGGCUUCGUCCACAGAGUAUCUCAGCUGUCAGCACAAUACCUAGCCCUCAGCAACUUAACCAAGGACAAGGCAUCCAGGAUUGAGCGAAUUGUAGGGGAACACCGCCUUUUCUCUGAAGGACUGAAAGAGCUCCAGGACUGGGUGUGUGAGGCUCAGCGGGUCCUCAACACCUGCAUCUCCACCACUACAGACAAGGGCUUGUUGGAGGACCGGAUGUUACAACUUGAAGCCUUACUAACUGCCCGUCAGGAGAGGGAGAUCCAGCUAAAAAUGCUCCUGACGCGGGGAGAGGCAGUCCAGAGGAACACUUCAGCUGAGGGAGUCCCGGUGAUUCGCAAACAGAUCCAAGACCUCAAAGACUCGUGGGACUCACUGCUGUCUGCCUCAAUCCAGUGUAAAAGUCAGCUGGAAGGUGCUCUAUCGCAGUGGACCAGCUAUCAAGAGGACGUGGGUCAGUUUAUGCAGUGGAUGGAUCGGGUUGAAGAGACGCUUAGCUGCUCAGACAGACAGUACUCUGAGAUGAGAGACAAGACUGCUAACCUGGGAAAGACCAAGCUUCUCUAUGAGGAAGUACUGAGUCACAGCAGUCCUCUGGAGACCAUUGCCACAAAGGGUUCCAAUAUGGCUGAACACUACACGACACAGCAGGAGGUGCAGCAGCUGCAGUGUAGAUUCAACUCCCUCAAAGAAAAAGCUAAGAAUGCAGUCAGCAAGGCCAAGGAGCUGGUGCUGGUGCAUCAGGAGUAUCAAAGGGGGUUACAUGUGUUUGAGGACUGGCUGGAGAAGGAGCAGGCCUCUCUGGCCUCAUUGUCCCAUCCAGAGGGAAACGUGGAUACACUUGAGAAUACACUGCAGCAGCUACAGAACCUACAGGAGCACUGUUCAAAUGGCCAAGCCUUACUCUCUGCUGUGCUCACCAGCAGAGAGAGAGUAAUCCCCUGGGGUAUACCUCAGAUCGAGGACCGAGCCCUGGACACUGCUCAGCGAGAGUGGGCAGCCUAUCAGAGCCGCCUAGAGGAGACUCAAGGCCAGCUGCACUCAAUGCUGACCCGACUGAGGCAGAUGGGACAUAAAUUCCUGAGCCUGGCACAGUGGCUGGAGGAGAUGGAGAGGGUAGCUAAUAUCAGAAGUAAUCGGAGGUCAGACGCAACCACCAAGCAGAUUCAGCUGAAGAAACUCCAGGGGUGUCUGGAGGCAGUGCUCACACGGCAGAGUGAAGUCGAUGGACUUUCAUCUUUGGCCCAGGAGGUUCUGGAGGAAACUUACAUCAGCAGUCGUAUCAGUGUUACGGCCACUCAGCUCACUGCCCGAUACCACUCCCUGCUGCUCAACAUACAGGACACCAUCAAACAGCUACAAGAGGAGCUGAGGAGCAUUGAAGAGGCCGAGAAUCUUUGCAAGUCCUUCACCGAGUGGCUUGGCUCGACUCUGAAAAGCUUCACAGCAUUAACUGACACUUCCGAACCUCUAGACCAGGUGGCCAUGGAGAAGAAGAUGAAAAAACUAGAGAGUCUCCAGUCUGAGCUCCAGCACGGUCACAGCUUCCUGAAAUCACUCAGGGAGCGAGCAGAACAGGCGGCAGGCUUCCUGAAUGAAUCUGCAGCUGAAAGUUUAGGAGGAGAAGUAGAGGCGCGUCUUUCCCAGCUGGAAGAGUUAGCUGGAGGCCUCAGGCAGGAGCGCAGCUUCCUUGAGCGGGCAUUACUGCUGGCUAAGGAGUUCCAGGACCGGUACAAGGCUCAGGCCCAGUGGCUGGUGGAAACCAAGGUUUUGCUUCGUACGCCAGUGGAGCCCAAGGCUGAGUUGUAUCAACGCAGAGCACAGCUGACUAAGUAUAAGGCUCUGUUGCAGAUGGUUCAGUCCCAUGAUGGAGCCAUCAAGUCAGUGCUGGAAAAGGGCGACGCUCUACUUUCCUCUGUCCACUACCCCUCCAUUCGAGAUAAAAUGAGCAAACUACAAAAGGACUACACUGGACUUUGUAAUACUGCCUUGGCUCAUGUGGAGAAUUUGGAAGGCCAGGUGAAGGAACAGGAAGCUUACCACAACGAACUCCAGGAAGUGGAGCGCUGGUUGCUGCAGAUGUCCAGCAGGAUGGUGACCCCUGAUCCCAGUAUUAGCGGCAGCCUGGAGGCAGCCACUCAACAGCUGGCCAGACACAAGGCCAUCAUGGAGGAAAUUGCAGGGUUUGAGGAUCGCUUGGCAGGCCUGAAAGAGCGAGGAGACCACCUGAUGGAAGGCUGCAGUGACCGUGUGCAGAGCAGGCUGAGACAGCAGGUCCAGGCACACCAGCAAGGCACCAGAGACAGCUACUCUGCCAUCUGCAGCACAGCGCAGAGAGUGUAUCAGAGUCUGGAUCAUGAGUUACAGAGACAUGUGAGUCUGCAGGACACACUGCAGCAGUGCCAGACGUGGUUGAACUCUGUGUCAGAAGAGCCAGAGCCUCCUACACAUCCUUCUUUCAGCCUCGAGGAGGCUUUACAGCAGGUGAAGCAGGAGCGGGCUCUGCAGGAGCAGGCUGGCACUUACCUCCAGCUUGUGUGCUCCACGUGUGACCUGUCUGAGCCGAGGGUGAGGGAGACCGCGGCAGCUAUCCAACAGGUCAAACUGCAGAUUGAGGAGCGUAUGCUGCUUUGUGAAGAGGUAGCCGACAGCUGGAGAGACAUCGAGGAGCAGAAGGCAGAUCUGGAGACCCAGCUAACAGAGACAGAGCAGCAGCUUCAGAACCUCACCAGGAGACCUGCAGAGCUGGAGCCUAAGAUUGCACAGAACCAGCUGGACAAGGCCCAGGAGUUCCUGCAGCAGAUUAGGGAGAAACAAUCUGAGGUAACACGUCUGCAUGAAGCCAUCGGCAGGUUGAUGGACGGACAGGUCUCUCCUGCCCUGGAGGAGAUAAGGAGGCUGAAGAAAAGCUGGAUGGACCUGGGCCAGCGGACUGAAGAGCUGGAAGCCCUGCGGGGGGAGGACAUGCAGCGAAGUGGAGAGUAUCAGGAGAGUGUUGUUGCUGUAGAGGAACUUUUCCAUCAAGUAUCCAGGGAAUGGGACUACCUUGCUAGGGCUGACACAGAGAGUACAAGUGAGCAUCUAGAGGCACUCAGGAAGCUCGCCAGUGACCUAGAGGAGCAAAGAGAAACUCUGGAAGACUUGAGGGACCAGAGACAAGCUAUCCUGCCUCGACUUAGCCUGCUAGACAAGGAGCUGGUCAAACAACAGGUGGGUCAUCUGGAGCAGCGCUGGGCACAGCUGGAAUCUCUGAUUCAGCAGAAGAUCCAGGACUCUGCGCAGAUGCUAGAGGAUCUUGCCCGAGUGGAAAAUCAGCUGAGAGAUGCCAGAGAGUGGGUGGAGGAGCAGCGGCCUGCCCUCACCUCUGCCCUGAAAACCAGCCCACCCCCCGAUCUGGCCCAGAGUUUCCUGUUCGACCACCUGAGCGUAUGUGUAGAGCUGGAGGCCCGUCAGCAGCUGCUCGGUCAGGCAGUGAAGGAAGCUCAAGCUGUGGCUUCCAGGCUGGGACUGAGUGAAAAGAGAUGCCUGCAGGAGCUCGUUGAACAAGCCCAGACUGAAGUGGAGGCUCUCGGGGCUCGAGUUGCCCAAAGGAGGAAGUACCUUAGUAAGGCCUUCACAGAGAGGACACAGUUCCUUCAAGGCCUGGGGCGAGCAUUGUCUUGGAUACAGCAACAGGAGAGGAAGGCCUUGAUAGAUGACCACAUAGCACUUCUUCCUGAGGACCUGGCCAAGCAGGUUGCUGGAUGUCGAGGUGUCCAGAGCAGCUUACGAGCUUAUCAGAGGGAGCUGGCAUCUCUCUGGGUACAAGGCCGCGAUUUAGAGAGAGAUGCCACUGACAAAGAGAGAGCAGAAACGCUGGCAAGACUUGAGGAGCUUCAGUCUGCUUUUGAAACUGCUCUCCAGAGGACUACCCAGCGUCUUGCAGCCUUAGAGAAAGCCUUGACCUCCAGGAAGUACUUCCAGGUUGACCUAGACAAGACUUGUCAGUGGCUGAGACAAGCAGAUGACAUAACAUUUCCGGAAAUCAAUUUAAGCACUGCUGAUGAUAGCUCUGAUUUGCAGUCACAGCUUUCCAAUUAUCAAAAUGUCCUAGAACAAGCUUCCGAGUAUGAGAACCUCCUUCUUAUUGUCCAAAGAAUAGGCCAGGAGAUCCUCCCUACUCUGAAUGAGAUCGACCAUUGCUACCUGGAUGAGCGGCUCAAUGCCCUGCCACAGCAGUACAAUGCCAUCCUAGCUCUAGCCAAAGAGAAGAAAGACAGGGUCCAACAGAUUAUCCUAGAACGGAAAGAGUUCUGCACUUUCUUUGAUAUUACUCGUAAUGCACUGGAGGAGCUUCAGGAGCAGUUUGACAAUCUGGAGAAGCAGACUAUCAGUAUUGAAGAGGAGGAAGUUGUUAGUUUAGUUAAUGAAUACAGAAAUAUAAAUGAAAGUUUAGUCCAUAUUAGCCCUGCUGUUAGAGAACUGCACGGGAAAAAUGAGGGUUUCCUCAGUAAAGGUCAGCACUACAGAGCUGAGGAGACACAGCAGCUUGUGAGUCUCCACAACACACUGAAAAGGAGAAUUGAUCAGAAGAUCAAACACUUACAUGAUUGCUUGGAAAUACUAUCUAAACACAAAGUAGUUUUUUCCAAGUUAGACUCAGAGUUAAAGUCUGCUAAAGAGGAGCUGGUGAAAUUGAAAUCAGACAAAGAAGUAAGUGCCAUAGAUAAAAUCUCAAGUCUUUAUUCACUGCUUGAAAAUCUGGAUGGAGUGAACUCUCAGGCUGAAGAAUGCAAACAACAGAUGGAAAACCUUUGUCUUACGACCGAUGCUGCUGCCUUUCAGGAAACUAGUCUGCAGCUCCAGUCGCUGCAGUCUUUACGAUGUGACGCUAAGCGUUUCGUUGAAGAAAGCGAAACGACAGUCGCAAAAAAUGAAGACUUCACAAGAGCAGUUGAGAAAGUGUUCGAGUGGUUGAGGACUAUUAAGGACAAAAUGAAGGAUCCUUUGACCUUUUCAGAGGUCAAAAUUGAGAGGAUGCACGAGGAAGUGCGGAAACAGAAAAUCAAGGAGGAAGAAGUGAAAAGUAGACUGAGGGUCGUUGAUGUCUUGGGUGCACGAGAAAAGCAAAAGUACGAAAGCAGGAAAGCAACCGUUCCUUCCCAUGUAGACGAGAAACUGCAGGAGCUGGGAAGGCUGGGAGAUGAAGUCCAACAACGAAUUUCUGCAAAACAACUGGCUGUGGAUCAAGCGCUUUCCUUGGUCCAGAGGCACCACUUAUCUCUGCAGUCCAUGCAGAAAUGGCUAGACUCCGCUGCGGCUUUACUUCAGAGGGCCACCACAGGGGUGGAGCUUGAAAAUCAAGCAGACUGUGCACAGGAUCUGGAAGAAAUUUUAGCUCAGGAAAAAAACUUCAAAGCUGGUUUAGAGGAGUUCAGGACUUUGGAUCCCUUGCUGGUGGAUUUUCUGGAGGCAGGAGUGAUGAAUGGGCUUAGAGAAAAAGUAAACGCAAUGCAGCUAAGAAGCACCGAAGUCAAACAGCAAGUGGAUACUUACAGAGAAGUGUUGGAGAGAUGUGCAGCUCUGUGGAGCUCCUUCCAACGUGAGAAAGAGACCGUGGUUGAGCAAAUGAAUGAUUCAGAGGGCAGGAUGGCCAUGUUCACAACAGCUAAAGCUGUAAGCGCCCACCAAGCAGAAGACAAGUGUCAAAGAUACAAGUCGCUGGUGGCGCAUGUUGACUUGCUGGAAAUGCCUCUGAAUGCUUUGAAAGAAAGAGCAGCAGAGCUGGAGCAAUUAAUCUCUGAAUCCAGCAAAGCUAUCACCAGUCACGUUGUAUCGUCGCUAUGGCAACGGUGGACCCGUCUCCGCAGUGUGGCCCGAGCCCAGGAGAGGGCACUGGAGGACACCGCAAGAGAGUGGAGGAACUUCAAUGAGAAAAUGGAGAAGGUACGAUCGGUGUCCAAAGACCUCCACGGUCGUGUCCCAGACAGCACGGUUGAGAAAGCAGCCACCAGGGCGGCGCUUCAGAGUCUCCUGGAGUACCACGACUCCUUCAGUCUGGAAGUGGAGAGGGAGCAGUCCAUACUGGCUCUGCUGGGGCAACAAAGUUGCAGUCUCAGGGGAGAGGAUGACAAGGUGGAAGUGAUGGAGAAAAGCACUGAGAACGGACACAAGGAGACGCCGUGCUCACAGGAGAUCCAGAGCAUGCAGGAGCAGUAUGACAGCCUUGUGUUGCAGGUGCGGGCUAGCAGGGCUCAGGUGCAUCAGGAGUUGAGGGAGAGAGAGGAGGUUGAGAAAGAGCUAGGCUUAGUCAAAGGCUGGAUCCAAGACACCCGGGGUUUAUUGCUGAGUCCCACUGCAGACCUGGAUUCACUGCUGCAAGAGCUAGAGACGGCACACGGUGAGGUGAUCAGCAGACGUCAGAGUGUGGAGCGGAUGACAGAGCUGCAGCAAUCCAAGUACCAAGACCUCCAAGCUGGCCUGCCCUCUGAACUCAGCAUGCAGCUAGCUGAGGUGGCGCUGGCUCUCGGAUCUGCUGAGGAUCAGGUGCAGGCAAGGGAAAGGGAGGUGCAGCAGACCAGAGAUGUGAAAGAGGACUUCAGCUCCAGACUGCAGGACAUCGAGGCAAAGCUGAAGACCAUUGCUCUAAAAUUGGAAGACAAGGGUGCCGACCUGGAGGAGGCCAAAGAAGACACCAAAGCUCUUUCUGAGGAGUGUGAAUCCUGCGGUUGCUCUCUGGCAGAGUUGGGAGUGGCCGUGCAGGAGUUUGGGGAGCAGAACCCUCUCCUGUGUAAGCAGCUGGGUGAUGCUGUGGCCAAAUUGACAGAGGUGCAGCACCACACCUCGCAGCAGGUCCAGGAUAGAGCCAACAGACUGAAGAAGGCAGAAAGACAGGUGGAGGAAUAUCAGGGCAUGAAGGCAUUCAUUUUGAGCUGGACAAAGAAAGCUGAGGCUCUGGUCACCGGUAAUAUCAUUUGGAGCUCUGCGUCCCAGCUGCAGGAGCAAAUUCGAGCACACCAGGCCUUACUGCGUGAGUGUAGAGGUCUCCAUGGUGACUUGGAGGCCAUGGGGGAGAGGGAGGUGCAGCUGGCGGAUGUGUUGCAGACAGAGGGGUGGAGCCAGCGGGUGAAACACCUCAGCAGACGCGCAGAAGAGCUGCAGCAAACUGCCAAGACUCGCCUCCAGAGUCUGCAGGAUGCAGCUAAGGACAUGUUGCGUCUGGAAGCGGAGGUCAAGAGCCUCCAUGCUGCUGUAGAUCAGAUACAGGCCACACUUGCUUCCCCUGAGCUUAACAAGCUCAGCCUCAGAGAGCAGUUGACACAGAGACAGCGUCUGCUGGUGGAAAUGGAGGGCUUUAAGCAGCAAGUAGCUGCUGUUCAGCAGUGUCAGAGCGCCCUCCGGCUGCCAGAGGAGGUAGUGGCCAGUCUGCCUAUCUGUCGCACAGCUCAGACUCUGCAGCAAGAAGCCAGCCAACUGCAACACACCACAAUCCAGCAGUGCAACAUCCUGCAGGAGGCCGUGGUGCAGUAUGAGCAGUAUGAACAGGAAGUGAAGAACCUCCAGAGAUUAAUUGAAGAAGCUCAUCGGAUCAUUCAGGACCGGCCCGUUUCCACUAAUAAUAUACAGGAACUUCAGGCUCAGAUACACCACCACGAGGAGUUAGCCCAGAAGAUCCGUGGCUACCAGGAGCAGAUCGCCUCGCUCCACUCCAAGUGCAAGAUGCUGACAGUGAAGGCCAAACACGCCACUAUGCUGCUGACGGUCAGCGAGGUGGAGGGCUUUUCAGACGGCAUGGACGAACUGAGUGACGAGGAGCUUCCCAGUGCUGUGACAGACACCACCACAGCUGACGCCAAGCAGCUUCCAGCACACCCCUCUGUGGUCAUGAUGACAGCCGGCCGCUGCCACACACUCCUCUCCCCUGUGACAGAGGAGUCAGGGGAGGAGGGCACAAACAGCGAGGUCUCCUCUCCCCCUGCCUGCCGCUCCCCCUCUCCGGGGGCUAACGCUGAAGCUGCUCUUAACCAGGGUCGAGGUACACUAAGCCGAGCACCUCUGCAGGAACUGUAUGACCCAUCUAUGGAAAGCAGUGCUGCUAACUUGGACGACCUGCAGAGAUCCUGGGAAACGCUAAAGAAUGUGAUCAGUGAGAAACAGAAGAGCUUAUAUGAGGCUCUGGAGCGGCAGCAACACUAUCAGGAGUCCCUCCAAUCUAUUUCCACCAAGAUGGAGUCCAUCGAAGGGGCGCUGAAUGAGGGCUUAGAGCCCAACAAGACUCCAGAGAGCCAGAUGGCUGCACACCAGGCUUUAAUGGAUGAGAUCCUGAUGCUGCAGGAGGAGAUUGGUGAGCUACAGAUGUGCUUCUCUGAGGAGCUAGCAGAGAGUGAUGGUGAUGGGGAUGCUGGGGAGCAGCUGGCCCUGCAGUCUACUCUCACUGUACUGGGAGAAAGGAUGGCCACCAUUCGAAUGAAGGCUUCGGGGAAACGGCAGCUGCUGGAGGAGAAACUAAGUGAACAACUGGAGGAGCAGCGACAGGAGCAGGCGCUGCAGCGAUACCACUGCGAGGCCGAGGAGCUCGACAAUUGGCUGCUCAGCACUCGCGCCACUCUCAGCUCUGCCCUUCAGCCCCAAAAUGAAGACAUGGACAUGGAGGAGCAGCUCAUCGACUGUCAGAAUAUGCUGUAUGAGAUCGAACAGAAGGUGUCGUACCUAUCUGAGCUAUCCGUCCAUAGCGAGAGCUUGUUGUUGGAGGGCCGGGCUGAAACCAAAGGCGAGGCGGAGCAGCUCACCCUGAAACUGCACUCCCUCAAAGACAGCCUCCUAGAGCUGCAGCAGAUGCUACAGGACAAACAAGUUGACAUACAGGGUUCACUGCAAGAGCAGGAGGACAGUGAGCCAGAUUCGUCUCUGUCCCAGAGUCCUAACGUUCAGGAGUGGCUCUCUCAGGCCCGGUCAACACGCACGCAGCAGCAACACGACAACCUGCGUCGACAGAAGGAGCUUCAGGAGCACGUCGCUGAACAGAGGAAGCUGCUCAAGUCUGUAGCCAGCGUCGGAGAGGAGUUACUCAGCCAACAAACCACACCCAAUGGGGACAGUGAGGUGUCCGUGCCUGGUGGAGUGCUGCUGGAGAAUGAGACCUUGUCUCAUCUGGAGCAGUUGAGACAGAGAUGGGAAAACCUAAAUAAUGAUCAGAACACAAAGCUGCAGCUCUCCUUGAACUCCCUGGAGCAAGACCAGCUUAGCCCGGUCCUCCACCGGUCCCGUCUGUCCAGUCCCAGCGUGGUGUUCAGAGGUGAGGCUACCAGCCAGGACUCUUGCUCUCCUAGAGCUUCGUUUGAGGCCUGCAGCCAGACUUUAGAAAGAAUCACAGAGGAGGCAGCGGGCAGUGAGAGUAAGCUUGCAGGAUAUUUAGGGGGGGCAACAAUCCAGCAGGACCUGUAUACUGCAGUAUCGGCUGCCUCGUCCUGGUUAGAUGCUGCUGAGAAUCAGCUGCUCGCUGGUCCUGUGCUGCUCUCCGAGGACACAGAGACACAGCUCACACAUUUGGAGGGUUUGAAUAAACAGUUGAAGGAGAUGACCAGAGAAGUGAAAAAUUGCAGAGAUCUGCUGGGUGGUGGAUUGGACAGGCUGUGUGGAGGUGAAGAGCGAGCUCUGAUGGAAGACACGCUAGAGGGCCUGCAGGAGAGGAUGGGCCUGCUGGACUCUGCAUUGGAACAGCACUGUGACGCCAUGAGGGACAGGCUGCAGGAACAUUCAGCUCUCCAGAAUGAACUGCGGUUGCUGUUCACAGCCCUGACUGAAAGCAAACACCAGUUGCUACAUAAGAUGGCCGGAACUGCAGACAGACCUGCAUCCAAACAGAUAGAGACAUUAUCAGAAGUAGAAGACAGCCUGAAGGAAUUUGAGCAGAAAGUUACUGAGCUGAAGAUGAAAGCAGAGGGACUCCAAUCAGACUCAUCAUCCAAUCAGGAGCUACUCAAACUACAAGAUGCAUACGAGGAGUUGGUGCUCAUGGUGGGCUCCAGACGGAGUAGUCUGAACCACGGUUUGUCUCUGAAGGCUCAGUAUGAAGCUGCACUGCACGACCUUAAUGACCUGGUGGACACCGCUCAGGACAAGAUGGCUGCUGACCAAAAGAUGACAGUGGCUUCUGUCAUAGAGGUUCAGAUGUUACUAGACAAACACAAAGAGUUUUUCCAGGGUCUGGAAUGCCAUAUGAUCCUCACCCAGACAUUUUUCAGUAAAGUGUCUGGUUUGGUGUCUCAGAGGGAAAGCCAAACCCUGGAGGAGACCAUGGUUUUAGCCCACAGUGUGCUCAAACAGGCCCACAGAAGAGGAGUGGAGCUGGAGGGGAUUCUGGAGUCAUGGAGCAGACUCGUGGAGGACUAUCAGGCUCUGUGUAGACAGCUGGAGGCGGUGGAGUGUAGCAUCCCCACUGUGGGUCUGGUAGAGGAGACGGAAGAGAGGCUAACCGAAAGGAUCAGCCUCUACCAGCGACUUAAAGCCAGCCUGACUGAGCACCAGCCCCAACUCUAUCAGGUGCUAGAGGAGGGCAAGAAGCUUUUUCUGUCUGUUGGUUGCUCAGACUUGGAGAACCAGCUGACACAGCUGGGAGAGCACUGGCUGUCCUCCACCACUAAGGUCAACAAGGAGCUGCACCGCCUUGAUUCGACACUCAAACACUGGACCAGGUACCAGAGUGAGUCAGCAGAGCUGAGCCACUGGCUGCAGUCGGCUCUGGAUAGACUGGAGUUCUGGACGACCCAGUCGGUGACCGUUCCUCAGGAGCUGGAGACUGUCAGAGACCACCUCUGUGCCUUCCUGGAGUUUUCCAAAGAGGUGGACGCUAAGUCGUCUUUGCGCUCAUCAGUGCUGAGCACAGGCAACCAGCUUCUGAGACUAAAAAGGGUGGACACGGCUGGCCUGAGGACAGCGCUGGGCCAAGUCGACACUCAGUGGGCUGAGCUGCUGACUCGUAUCCCUGUAGUACAAGAGAAGCUCCACCAGCUGCAGAUGGAGAAGUUAGCAUCACGGCAUGCCAUCACAGAGCUGAUGAGCUGGAUCUCGCUCAUGGAGAACAUCAUAGAGGAAGAUCAGGACAAGAUCAUGGCAGCUGUGGGCUCAGCGGUGGUACAGGACUACUUGCAGAAGUAUAAGGGCUUUCGUAUAGAUCUGACAUGUAAGCAGCUGACUGUGGACUUUGUAAACCAGUCAGUGCUGCAGAUCAGCAGUCAGGAUGUGGAGGGAAAGCGCAGUGACAAAACGGACUUUGCUGAGAAGCUAGGAGCUAUGAACAGAAGAUGGCAGAUACUGCAGGGGCUCAUUACGGAAAAGAUUCAGCUUUUAGAAGGACUUGUGGAAGGUUGGUUGGAGCAUGAAAAUGGAGUUCAGGCCCUGAAAACCUGGCUCACAGUACAGGAGGAGAAAUUGAAGAAGAGACAGAGGAUAGAGGAUGUAGCAUCGGUGCAGAGUGCACUCAAAGACUGUCAGGAGUUGGAAGAAUUAGUGAAGGAAAAAGAGAAGGAUCUAGAGAAAGCAGAGGAACGAGGAAAUGCUCUCAUCCAGGAUAAGAAAGGCGCAGCUUGCUGUGUUGUAAAGGAAACCCUUAAAGGACUAAACCAGUCCUGGGCUCAUUUGGACCACAUGAUAAGUCAGAUGAAAGUGAGCCUGCGGUCGGUGCUGGAGCAGUGGACGUUGUACCGGCGAGCUUCAGAGGAGAUAAAUGGCUACCUGAUGGAGGGGCGUUAUUCUGUGUCCAGGCUGCGUCUCCUUAAUGGGUCUCUGGAGGCCGUGCAGCAGCAGGUGGAGAGUCUAGAGAGCCUUCAGGAGGAGAUGGAUAAACAGGAAAGUAGUUUGAGGAAGUUUGGCUCCGUAACUCACCAGCUGCUAACGGAGUGCCACCCAUCGGUGGCGGAAACACUCAACAAAGCUCUCCGGGACGUCAACAUCAGGUGGAAUCUUCUGCUAGAGCAGAUCUCAGAGCAGCUAAGGACCAGUAAGUCCUUGCUCGGACUGUGGCAGCGCUACAGGUCACUGUACAGCCAGUGCGUGACUGCAGUCCACAAACAGGAAGAACGUGCUGAUCGACUUCUGAGGAGCGCCACUGACAGGGAGAUAACUGAGGAGGAAAGCAGUGCCUGGAUUAAGGACUGCAAUGAUUGCCUUUGUGACCAAGACGCGGUGCAGCAGUCCCUCCAUCAGCUGCAAGCACUGGGAGAACAACUGAGGAGCCAAGUCGACUCCUCCUCUGCGGCAUCCCUUCAGUCCGACCAUUUGUCGCUCACGCAUCGCCUAGCAGCACUAGAGCACGCCCUGCACAGGCAACAGGAUGUAUUGCAGUCUGGAUCUGUGACGUGUGGGGUUUUCAGAGAGCAGCUAGACAAACUGAUCUGCAUGGCUGAGGAGGCCGAGGAAGUGCUGAAGGAGUCGGACCCAGUGGGUUCACCCGACCUUAAUGUGGUCCAGACGCGUAUAGAAAAACUGAAGGGUCACCUGUUGAAGCUGAGCAGUCUAUCUCCAGACUUGGAACGUGUUAACGAGAUGGUGUACAGAAUACCAGUCAGUGACAGAGACAUUAAACGGCUUCAAAGUCUCAACAGAGCCUGGGCCACUCACUCUGCUCACCUCACCGAGAGGUUCAGUAAACUGCAGUCGGUGUUGCUCCAGCAGCAGAGUUUCCUUGAGAAGUGUGAGGCCUGGAUGGAUUUCCUGACUCAGACUGAGAAGAAGCUAGGUGCUGAGAUCUCAGGCAACUACCAGAGUCUGCUGGAGCAACAGAGAGACCAUGAGUUGUUCCAGGCAGAAAUGUUCAGCAGACAGCAGAUUCUUUACUCCAUCAUAAGUGACGGGCAUCGCUUGUUGGACCAAGGACAAGUUGAUAAGAGUUACGACUUCAGUGUGAAAUUGGCUUUGCUGAGCAAUCAGUGGCAAGGUGUGGUGAGGCGGGCGCAACAGCGACGAGGCAUCAUCGAUAGUCUGGUUCGGCAGUGGCAGAACUACCGGGAGAUGGCAGAGAAGCUGCUCCGAUGGCUACAGGAAGUGACACGUGAUCCAGAUGUGCAUCAGCCAGGAGAACCAGUGGCUCUGCAGCAGGCCAGAAACCUGCUAGAUCAGAUACAGCUGAGGGAGCGAGUGCUUCAGCGGCAGCAAGGAGGCUACAUCCUCACCGUAGAGGCCGGCAGGAGUCUGCUGCUGUCAGCGGACGCCAAGGCGGAGUCCACCCUGCAGACUGAGCUAAUGGAGAUUCAGGAGAGGUGGAGGCAUGCCCACCAUCGCCUGGACCAGCAGAGGAGGCAGCUGCAGGGCUUACUGAAGAACUGGGAGCGAUGUGAGAAGGGCAUAGAUGUGUCUUUGGAGAAGCUGAGGGCCUUCAAGAGAAAGCUGUCUGUGCCUCUGCCUGACCACCAUGAGGAGCUGCACUCAGAGCAAAUCAGAUGCAAGGAGCUGGAGAGCAGCGUGGAGGGCUGGACCGAUGACCUUACUUCCUUAUUCCUGCUGAGAGACUCUUUGGAGGGCGUGGUGAGUGCUGAUGACAUCACAGUUCUACAAGAACGCCUCCAGCUGCUACAGCGCCAGUGGGAGGAGGUCUGCCACCAGCUUUCCCUGCGCAGGCAGCAGGUGAGCGAGAAGUUGAAUGAGUGGGCCGUGUUCAAUGAGAAGAAUAAGGAACUGUGUGAGUGGCUCACACAGAUGGAGAGCAAAGUCUCUCAGAAUGGGGACAUCAGUAUCGAUGAGAUGAUUGAAAAGCUGCGCAAGGACUACCAGGAGGAGAUCAGUGUCGCUCAGGAGAACAAGCAGCAGCUGCAGGUUAUGGGUGAGCGUCUGGCCAGGGCCAGCCAAGACAGCAAGGCGACGGAAAUCCAGCACAAACUCAACAAAGUCAGCGAGCGCUGGCAACACCUGCUGGAUCUCAUUGCAGCCAGGGUGAAGAAGCUGAGGGAAACCCUGGUGGCGGUACAGCAGUUGGAUAAAAACAUGAGCAGCCUUCGGUCAUGGCUCGCUCACAUUGAGACCGAGCUGUCCAAGCCCAUCGUCUACGACACCUGUGAUGACCAGGAGAUUCAGAGGAAGCUCAACCAACAGCAGGAGCUGCAAAGGGACAUAGAGAAACACAGCACAGGCGUGGCGUCGGUGUUGAACCUGUGCGAAGUCCUGCUGCACGACUGCGAUGCCUGCUCGACUGAGACGGAGUGCGACUCCAUCCAGCAGGCCACCAGAGGGCUGGACCGACGCUGGAGGAACAUCUGCGCCAUGUCCAUGGAGAGGAGGCUCAAGAUUGAAGAAACUUGGAGGUUGUGGCAGAAGUUCCUGGAUGAUUACGGCAGGUUUGAGGAUUGGCUCAAGACCUCAGAAAAAACAGCAGCCCUGCCUAACUCCUCUGGAGUUCUCUAUACCGUCGCUAAAGAGGAGCUCAAGAAGUUCGAGGCUUUCCAGCGCCAGGUGCAGGAGUGCCUGACCCAGCUAGAGCUCAUCAACAAGCAGUAUCGUCGUCUGGCCCGGGAAAACCGCACAGACUCCUCCUGCCGUCUCAGGGAAAUGGUGCACGAUGGGAACAGGCGGUGGGACAACCUGCAGAAGAGGGUGGCUGCAGUCAUACGCAGGCUAAAGCACUUCAUCAGCCAGAGGGAGGAGUUUGAGACUGCACGUGACAGCAUCCUGGUGUGGCUGACUGAGAUGGACCUACAGCUCACCAACAUAGAGCACUUCUCCGAGUGUGACGUACAGGCCAAAAUCAAACAGCUCAGGGCGUUUCAGCAGGAGAUCUACCUGAACAUGGGGAAGAUCGAGCUGGUGUUCAGGCAGGGUGAUGCUCUGAUUGAGAAGAGUGAACCUCUGGAUGCAGCUGUCAUCGAGGAGGAGCUGGAGGAGCUGCAAAGAUACUAUCAGGAGGUCUUUGGACGAGUGGAGAGAUACUACAAGAAACUCACGCGACUGCCUCUUGCAGACGACGAGCUCGACGGUUCAGACAGAGAGCUGGACAUGGAGGAUGGAGGAGACCUCUCUGAAAUGCAGUGGAGCGACUCCUCUUUGCCCCGGACAUCAGCGCGUCCAGCCUCAGGCACCGUGCCCCUCGUCCGGGCCGACCGCUCAGGCAGAGACACCCCGGCCAGCGUGGACUCCAUCCCGUUAGAGUGGGACCAUGACUACGAUCUGAGCAGAGGCCUGGAGAGCCCCUCAGGACGAGGCGAUGGGGAAAGAAGCCAAGGGCAAGAGGACGAGGAUGAGUAUAUGAGGACGGCUGCCACAGCACUAUCAGGUGAGCCAGGCCAGCUGGAGGCCAGUCUCAGGCAGCUGGACCAGGCUUUGGAUGCAGGGCGGUAUCACCUCCAGCAGAGAGAAGCCACUGCCAACCGGGUCAGCCCCGAUGUGGACUCCACUUACAUGGGCUACAUGCGUCUGAUGGGAGAGUGUCGCAGCAGCAUAGACGCAGUGAAGAGAGCAGAAGGAGAGCUGACCGAAGAUGAGGACGACAUGCCGGGACUCACCAACCCUACCAACACAGACACACAGAGCGCCGGUGUGAUUGAGCGCUGGGAGCUGAUCGAGGCUCAGUCUCUGAGUGAGAAGCACAAACACAAACAGAACCUGCAGCAGUGGCAGCAGCUGAUCUCAGAUCUGCAGACCUUGAGGGCUUGGCUCGGUCAUUCGGAGGCUGAACUCAGCCACCUACGAGGCCUCGAUCUCAGCACUGACAUACACACCAUCCAGCAGAGAAUCAAGAAGCUCAAGGAGCUGCAGAAGGGGAUGGAUGCUCACAAGUCAGAGGUCCUGUCCAUCAACCUGAGCAGUGCUGACUUCCUCCAAUCAGAGCCCGACUCUGAGGAGGCAUGGGAGCUGAGGGACAGGCUGAAGGAGAUGAAUUCGCGCUGGGACCGGCUCGGCGCCUCACUGGAGGACUGGAGGGAGGAGCUGCAGAGGGCACUGAUGCAGUGCCAGGAGUUCCAUGAGAUGAGUCACGGUCUGCUGCUAUGGUUGGAGAACAUUGACCGCAGGAGGAACGAGGUGGUUCCCAUCCCCCAAAAAGCAAAUCGCGAAACGUUACGAGCUCAUCAUAAAACACUUAUGCAAAUCAAGUGCGAGCUGCUGGACUCGCAGCAGAAGGUGUCGUCCCUUCAGGAGCUGUCAGCUCAGCUGCUGGUCAACACUAAACCUCAGAGUCUGGCCCAGGCCUCAGAGCGGACCCAGGCUCAGGGCAACGAGUGUCUGGAGGCCCAGGAGAAGGUUCACGUGAUCUGGAACAGGCUAAGGCUGCUCCAGAGGGAGGUCAACUCAGAUCUGGAGGGGCUGGAGAGGAGACUGGGGGCCAUGGAUGCAGAGCAGGAUUGCUCGCCAUUGCCUGUUAGCAGAUCCGCAGCGCCUGGUUCAGAGGUGACCAGCCAGACCCGCAAACGAUUGCCCCGAGGCAAAAGUAGUCAGGCCCACCCAGGACACCCUGAGAGCAGCCCGCGCCACAGCCGGAGCAGCUCACCAGGCGCCGCUGGCUGCGUUUCCUCCCGUUCUGACCUCUCAGACGUCACUUUAUCAGCUUCCUCCUCCUCCUCCUCCACAAAGGAUAAGUCCUUCCUGCUGCGGGUCCUCAGGGCAGCGCUCCCCGUCCACUUGCUCCUCCUGCUCCUCAUCGGCCUGGCCUGUCUGGUUCCCAUGACGGAGGAGGACUACAGCUGCCACCACGCCAACAACUUCGCCCGCUCCUUCCAUCCCAUGCUGCGCUACACCAACGGACCUCCGCCCAUAUGAGGAGCAGCUGAUUUUUGUAUUUAUUUAUUUUUAUUUUUUUAAAUCUACCUACUGCUUUGCCAAGGACUCCACUGACUCAUGUGAAUGUUUCCUCUUCACCCUGUGCCCUAAAGGAACAAACUCUUCCCCCUCGCUGGGGAGCGAGCUGUAUUAUGAAGUAUUUCAGAGGUGAUACGAAGACUGCUCUCACUAAACAUUGCACACCCACCCACUCACCUGAGUCACCUCAACCCUUUAAAAAAACAAACAAACAACAACACUCUGGAUACCCCCCCCCCCCAAAAAAAAAUAUUUCAUGUCGUUUUAACUUAAAUAUGUAUUUUAUUUUUAAGGUUUCUGGAGAAACCUGCGAAAUCAUUGAAAAACAAAGCACUAUUUAUAUACUGUAUGUUGGGAGCCAAAGUCGACUGUGCAUUUUUGUCCAUUAUAUCAAGUGCUGCUACUAUUUAUUUAGUGUUCAAUCUGUUACUAGAUUGUUAGCAUCGAUUAAGCUGAAGCCCCACUGUGAGUGGGGGGGAUAUUGUAAAUUUUAAGAGCAGGCUUGCCGUCGGAGUAGCAGAUUAUUCACAGCCUCGGGUGUGAAGAGAUUAGUUUCAGACUCACGUUUGAACAUCGACUGAGGAAAAAAAAUGACCGAAACCGCACAGAAUCAGGUCAGCAGAAGUAUUUUUCUCCAGGAUGACUCGUUUCAGAAGGACCAGCCUGUCAAUUUGGAAAUGAAGUCUAAAACCUGCACGUAAAGCACUGACACGAGCACUGUCUGAAGGUACUGCACUGAUGCCCUCCAGCCAAGAUGGCAGACUUCUUUCUCCAAAAGCCAAGGCUUGUACUUUUUUUUUUUUUUUUUAAUUUUAGUUUUUUAUCAACUGGGACAAAAAUGAAAAAAAAGAAGAAGAGCUCUCAUUUGUAUAUCAUUGUUUGAAAUGCCUUUGAGUACAGGCAGUUAUUUUUUUAUCUUUCAGUUUGAGCAUGCACUUGAAAGUCUCUCGCUUUUACGAAGGCCAAACAAUCACUGGUAGUUUUAGUAGACAGCUGUGACAUGAAAUAGUGUGCUUUGUAAUAACUGCGAUUAUUAUUCUGCGGUGAUGAGACAUCUGAAUCUGUUUAAAAAAAAAAUUAAAUAUGAAAAUGGUUAUUUAUGUAUGUACAGUUUGCUAAUGCCAACUUCAUGGAGAAUACCCUCUUUGCAAGUAAUAAAACAUGAAAUAUUUA